CUAUGUCACAUGUCUGCUCAGUUUCACCCUCACUGUUUCAACAUCGCUUUGUGAUGUCGUGCGCUGUGUACUUACUUAGAGGCAAUGGCACGCAAAAUGAAGCGGCAGAAACAUGCAAUCAAUGCUAUCGAAUUGAUUAUUGUGACUAAUGUGAAUAAUAAGGCGGACUCGGAUAAGCUUGUGAGUAGCGGCUUGAAGUGGCCCUCAUCGACCACAUUUUUCAAACGUGGAUGGCUUCCUUGUUAAAAGAGAUUCCUCGAGAGUCCCUCCAAAAUCUGCUUUCCUGCAUAAGGGUAGCACACGCUCUGCCUUUCGGACAUGACGCCUCAGCUGAACGUGAUGCGCCUGCACCACUGCUACUUUCAUCCCUCAGCCGCGGAGAUGUCAUAGAGGUUCAGGGUCCCGCUUCAUCAGGAAAAACCCAUCUCUUGUAUCAUUUCGUACUGCUCUGCAUCGCUCCGUCGACGCAAAUGUCCAUCGACUUUGGGGGUAAUGGAUUGGCCGCAGUCAUCUAUGACACAGAUGCAUCAUUUGAUGUCGCAAGACUCCAUCAGUUGCUAUUGACCCGUUUGUCCCUUGCCCUGCCUCACAACAUCGAGAUGGCACGACGUCUAGCUGAGGAAUCGUUGCACCGUCUACAUGUCUUUCGGCCAACUUCGCUUCUCCAACUCGCCACCAGUCUUUUACAUCUCCCAUCGUAUCACAAGGCCUCCAUACCAGAACACGAAAUAGGCCUUCUUGCCGUGGAUUCGAUGAGCGCAUUUUAUUGGACCGACCGUUUCAUCAUGGAGCAGAUGCGCAACGUGCCCCAAAGGGAACCAGACCCUUCAUCAGUAAACCCACUUCAUCAUGUGCUCACGGCGCUUGGUCGACUUCGCUUGUCCCACGCCCCUUUCAUCAUAUUGACCAAUUGGGGUCUGAAUCUCGCCUCGCGAUCCAGUGGACCGGUGACGUUUUACAUGCAACACUUGCAUCCAUUCCCUGUUCACUCUGAAAACCGUGACGCGAACGCUCUGCCCAGUUCGAUGACUGGCGAUCUUCCACCGACGCCCAUGCCGCUUCCCCUUACGCACCACAUCACCUUAUUCCCGGUGUCGACACCUCCUUUUGCUCCAGAGAUUUCCCUGCGUGAUGCCGUCCAACAGGAAGUAGAGUAUCGUAGAAGUAUGGUACAAAAGGGGGAAAUUACAGGUCUCGUCAGGACUACAGGAGAACAAGAGAUAACCCGUUUGACUCUUUGCAUCACACCUGAAAACGUUCAUAUCAGGUAUUUAUGAUGCCCCUCGUGACUUCUUGAAUUGUUAUUCCGCUGAUACUAAAGUAUUCGACAUUGUAUGUAUUCGGUUUGACUAGGUACUUCCACUUGUGUAGGGGAUGUAGUGAUUGAUAUAAAGUUGUGC